CAGAAAUGUUGCGGAAUUUUUGAUCUCCUCGUUAUAUUAAGGUCAACCAUCAACGUAUAGACAGAAGUGGAUCACUUCCACUUCGUUUAAUUCAUACGAAGUUAAAAUUUACGGCCGUUUAGAAAACAGUGUAGUAUCUCCUUUAAAUACUUUUGAAUUGGCUAGACAGUGGGAUUAUUGUCUUUUCCCCUUUUAAUUGGAUUCCAACUGGUCUAUGGGUCAAAAGCAACCAAAAUUAAAACAAGAUGCUGUUGAAGAACUACUAAACCAAACAUCUUUUACGGAAACUGAAAUUCAAGACUGGUAUAAAGGAUUUUUGAAGGAAUGUCCAACUGGUUAUUUAUCUAUUGAUGAUUUUAAACGUGUUUAUACAAAGUUUUUCCCAUAUGGUGAAUCUAGUCGGUUCGCAGAGUAUGUAUUUCGUACAUUUGAUCAAAAUCAUGAUGGUUUGAUUGACUUUCGAGAUUUUCUAUCCUCAUUAAAUAUAACUAAUCGUGGUGAUUUAUCACAGAAAUUACGUUGGGCAUUCACGAUGUAUGAUUUAGACAAUGAUGGUUAUAUAUCAAAACAAGAUUUAAUUGAGGUUCUUACUGCUAUUUACGCAAUGGUUGGCUCUGCUGUUGAGUUCAAUGUUACAGAUUCUACACCGGAAAAACGAGCAGAGAAAAUAUUUCAGUUGAUGGACUUAGAUAGAGAUAAUCGUUUGUCAUUAGAUGAAUUUAUAAAUGGUGUAAAAUGUGACAAAUUAUUAAUGCGUUUGUUGACUUUCAAUACUCAUUCGUUGCAUCAUCAACAUUCAGAUUAUCUAAUGAAUGGAUCAAAUGAUAACAAAGGAUGGUCAUGUACAGAUACCCAUUAUAAUCAUCAAUCUAAUGAUUAUGAUAAUACAGUCAAACCAAUUGUAAAUCAUUCAUUUUCCAAACAGAAUGUUAUUCCUGAUACCUCAGAGUCUUAA